UAUAACACCUUAUUUCCCACAGAAAGCAGAUGUUUGAUGAUCACAUGAUCGUGUGUGUGGUAGAGAUGUGCGUGCGCGCGCUGCCCCUCAUCCUUACACGCGCUGCGCUACUCCACUGUAAUUUAAACGGUUAUGGCUGAAGUGUGGACACAUUCUUAACACCAUUUAGAGAUAUGAUGCAUGCAUCCACUAUGGCACGGAGCAUCUUGAUGACCACGAAUGAGAGUAUGAAUGUGACCUGUAAAAUAUCUUAUGAAGAUGACCGUGUUCCUCUUAUGGUGCUCUACAUUGUGGUUUUUAUCAUCGGCUUGCCAGCCAACCUGGCCACGGUCUACCUAACCCUCCACCAGGUGUGUCGUAACAACGUCCUCGGCAUCUACCUGUUCAGUCUGUCCCUGUGUGACCUUACCUACCUCUUCACGCUGCCUUUGUGGACUGUGUAUGUCAGUAGAAACCACGAGUGGCCCUGGAGCUCCAUGGCCUGCAAAGUGACUGGCUUUGUGUUCUUCAACAACAUGUACAUCAGCAUCUUCCUGCUGUGCUGCGUGUCCAUCGACCGCUAUGUGGCAGUGGUCUAUGCCAUUGAGUCUCGCGGCCUUCGCCAGAAAAGGGUCGCAGCUCUUGUGGCGUUUUCGACCUACAUGGUGGUGGGCUUGGCUCACGUGCCCGUCUUCAUCAUGUCCGAAGGCAAUGCUGACGAAGGAAAUCGCCGUUGCUUUGAGCCCAACCAGGGAUCAGCGAUAGUAAUGGGAUUCAGCUACGCUCGCGUUUGCAUUGGCUUCUUCAUCCCCCUCGCCAUCCUGAUCUUCACCAAUAGAGCCAUUCUUGCCAACGUUCAGGCCAGCACGAGCCUCAAUCCUCAUCAGAAAGAGAAGGUGCGCUACCUGGCGGUGACUGUGGUGGCUUUGUUUUUGAUCUGUUUUGCUCCAUACCACAUUAUCUUGCUGCUGCGCGCCAUCAACUUCCACUUCACCAAGCUGCAUGAGGAUUGUUACUUUAAAAAGCACAUCUACAUGGCCUACAAAAUCUCUUUAGGAUUGUCGACAUUCAACAGCGCCUUCAACCCCAUUCUCUAUGUGUUUUCCAGCAACAAUAUCCGUCAGGAGAUCAGAAGAAGCAUGGCGUCACUGUGUAACAAAGUCAGCUUGAGUCAGCGAUCCACGCACAGCAGCCAGCACAACAUGCACAGCUCUAAAAGCAAUUCAGACCCCGUCCCAACAAAGGACGGUCAAAUGAGGACAACUUGUCCCUCUGCAAGCUAAAAUUUUAGCUUAUGUUUAAAUUUUUUGCUUAUGACUUUGAAGAAAGACAAAUCAAGGUUGUUGAAUGAUCAAUAAAACAACAACUCGAAGUUCGACAGAUCUUGCAAUAAACAACAAAACAGUGAAUUUCCUGUUUUCAUUAUGAUCAUUUCACACCUCCGAAUCUACUUCCGUCACAGAAUGUUUCUAUAACACCCAGUCUGAGCUGCAGCUUCAGAAUACCUUGGACUCCUAUCUACAGAGCAUUUUCUCAAGAUAGUGUUGAUAAGCACAAACUCAACAGACAGGAAGAGGAAAUCUGACCCACUUUUAAAAUGAUUCACUUCACGUUUUGUUUUUGCAUGGCCUUUAUCUAAAAUCAGUCAUACCAAAAUAACUGACACUGUGCAUGAAAGAAGUUCACAAAACAAAAUAUUAGAUGAGAUUGUGGAUAAUUCUCAGAAUUUCUCCCCAGAAUUUCAGACAUAAUGUGGGAUAACAUUCUAUUUACUUUCUACUAAGUGCCUCAAAACUGAUCUCAGAUUAAGUUCUACAAACAGGGUUCCCUCGCUUCUUGAUAGUACUUGAAUAUCAGACACAUGAAUUCAAGGCCUGGAAAGUACUUAAAAGCAAAUACAAGUCCUUGAAAGUGCUUGAAUUAAAUUUGUUUAGUAGAAUGGUGCUUUUUCCAAAAAUAGUUCUAUAUGCGCUGUCAAAGUCAAAACG